AUGUACGAUGACACCAAGGGUGUGCUCAUCAACGACCAGGCGGUGCGAGUCCAGGGGAGCAACAACCACCAUGAGCACGGCUCCAUCGGAACUGCUUUCAACGUGCGGGCUCCUGAAAGCCAGUUGCGAGUGCUCCAGGAGAUGUGGUUCAUGGUUAUAAACGAGAUUUUCGGCUGUUGGAACAGCCAGAAGACGACGGACGACUAUCACCUGCUCUUCACCAACUGGCGAGAGCCUGACCUCCGUGCGUUUGUCCGUGGCGAUCGCAACCACCCCUCGGUCAUCGCCUGGAGUUUCGGCAACGAGGUCGUUGAGCAGUAUGGCUCAUCUGCCGAGACUCAGAUACUUGAUGAACGUAUGGAAUUGGAGCAGUUAGGGCAGCUGAAGAGUUUAUGGGAUGCUUACAGCGACGCAACCAAAGCGGUGGCGGAAACGAUACGAGAGUGCAAAGAGACCGAGGCCCAGCUCGUCAUUAUCAAAGGGAGCCUGAAGGCCAGCUGGCAGAUCAUCAAGCAGUCUGACAGCCGCGAGGCCAUCCUAUUCUGUCUCGCGGCGCCGAUCGAGGAGGUCACGGAGAUCUUAACAGAAAUCUCGCAAGAGCUGCCAUAA